AUCGUCAAUCGCCACAAACACAUGUAUGUUAGCUAUGUUGUCUUAUCAAUAUAAAGCAAUGCAAUAAAUAUCCCAAUAGGCACACAAAAGAUUAGAUAAUAAUUCCGUGAUGCACGACAGCAAAACAUUUCACUGGCUGAAUUGAGGUAGACGUGUUUUCCGGACUUUUUUUCUAGCAAGAUAGCUGAAGUUCAUUCCAUUAUCGAAAUGCAGUCAGCGAAGAUUGGCUAUUUAUUGUCCAGAUCAUACUUAUCUAACAACAUUUACUCAUCAAAGGACAUUUUCUGCUCUCAUGUUCAUGGAACCAUCAGUUUCUACCGUGCUUGUCAAACAGCAACCACCAAAGAGUCGGUGGUCAUUCGUAUUCCCAGGUAUAUGCAGAAACAGGUCGAAGGCGUGAAGCAGAUCAGGGGCAAGAACAAAGUCGCCACAACUAAACCCGGCAAGCUGCUAAUACAGAGCAAGAAUCCUCAGCUGAACCAGUCGGCAAGUUAUACACUUGGCAAGUUUGAGCAGCCUGUACUGUCCUCCAAAGGAUGGAAACAUAACAAAUCAUUUGGUGACUAUUUCACCGUUAACAACACCCAGCAUGUCCCGUCCUUCGUCAGUGAGUGUCAGUUGGAGGAAACCGAGAAAAAGAAGAAAUCUGUGACAUUUCAAAACCUUUGUCUCUCUUCAGAGUUGUUGGAAGUUUUGAGCACCAUGAACAUAACGCACCCCACCACAGUGCAACUUCAGACCAUCCCAAAAAUCCUGAAAGGUCACAACAUUGUAUGCGCUGCAGAGACAGGAAGUGGAAAAACACUGAGUUACCUGCUGCCUAUUGUUCACAAACUCCAGAGUGAAAAGGAGUCAGAGGAUUACAUUGACACUGCACCCAAGAUUCGUUCAGUGGUUCUUGUGCCUGCGAGGGAACUAGCUGACCAGGUAUCAGCUGUUGCCAAGACCUUGUGUACCCCAUUGGGCUUGCUAGUAAAGACUGUGGGAGGAGGGAAGGGAGUGGGUGACAUCAAGCUAGCCUUCGAUAAGGGUCCUCCGGAUGUGUUGGUGGCCACCCCAGGAGCUAUGGUCAAAGCCUUACGGAGGCGCUACUUGGAUCUGAGUGAACUGAGAGUCUUUGUAGUGGACGAAGCUGACACCAUGUUUGACCCCAGUUUUGCAGGCAUGCUGGAGAGCAUCCUGGUCCACACUCAGGUAGCCAGUGAGCCUUCUGAGACCCGUGGACCCAACCCCAAAUCCCAGCUGGUGGUGGUCGGAGCCACCUUCCCUGGGGGUGUGGGUGAUGUCCUCAGCCAGGUGACUGAUCUAGGCAGCAUAGUGACCAUCAAGAGCAAGAUGUUGCAUUUCCUAAUGCCCCAUGUCAAGCAGACCUUCUUGAAGGUGAAGGGAGCUGAUAAGCUGUUAGAGCUCCACCAAGCCCUGAAACAGGCAGAGCCGGAGAAGCAUGGGGUACUUGUUUUCUGCAACAAGUCAGCCACUGUCAACUGGCUUGGCUACUCCCUUGAGGAAAUGGGAGUGCGCCAUGUCCGUCUGCAGGGGGAGAUGCCCGCAGCAGUGAGGGCUGGGAUCUUCCGGUCCUUUCAGAAAGGUCAGGUGGAUGUGUUGAUCUGCACAGACAUUGCCUCUCGUGGCCUGGACACACAGAGGGUCCGACUGGUGGUCAACUAUGACUUUCCCGAGUCCCACACUGACUACAUUCACCGAACAGGGCGGGUGGGCAGGGCGGGCAGUGUGGAGAAUGGGGAAGUGCUAAGUUUUGUCAGCCAUCCCUGGGAUGUGGAGCGGGUGCAGCAAAUAGAGACUGCCGCCAGGAGGAGAACCAUCCUUCCAGGCAUGGAGUCUGCCAUCCAAAAACCAAGCCUCAAAGAGAUGGAGACUGAAUAAGUAGAGCAGUUACCUUAAUCAUGAGCCAAUAUAUUUUUUUUGACAAGUCAUAACAUUUUUUGGGGUCUGAAAACGAAUGUUUGUAAUAUUAAUUAACUUAUAUGUAUUGUAUUAAACUCUGCAACUGAAC